AUGGAGAUUGUAGCGCCGCACGUCCGGUUUUUGGAAUUGAGAAGCACUAAGGAACCAUGUACUUUAGUGAAUGUCUCCUCUUUGAUCGAAGCUAGCCUUGACCUUUGCUUAACGGUCGACACUUGUUACUACCCUGGAAUUCAUUUGAAGGCUGAUGAUUAUCUUCCACUUCAAAACAUGGUGCUAAAGAUGCUAGCAAAUUUGCAGAACGUGAAGGAGCUUACUUUUGGGAGCAACUUUCUUCAGAUUCUAUCUCUUGCCGAACUCCGUGGUAUUUCUUUCCCAACGCUCAAGGUCCAAACAUUGACUGUUAGUCUCAUGUUUGCAAGAUCUGUUAUACCUGGUAUCGAAAGGUUACUACAAAAUUCACCUGGAUUAAAAAAGCUUAUAGCACACGCAAAGUCCCCGGAGGGCAUAGAGAAUAAGGAUGUGGACAGAUAUUUGGAUUCACAAGGCUUGAAUCCGAAUCAAUGUUGGAAGUCAAAAUAUGAGGCGUUUCCUACCUCAAAUGAGAUUUUUUAUAACAGUGGUGUGACGUCAAAACUCGUGGCUUCGUUCAUAGAAAUGGUUUUGAAAAACGUAAAGACACUAGAGACGCUGAUUGUAGCGUUGAAACAUAUUCGCGACACGGGAGAUGCAGAAUGGUUUGAAGAGUUGCUUCAGAUGCCUCCAACACUUUCUAACAGCAAUAACGUCUCCAUUGAGUUCAGACGCUAA